CAAGGAAGACAUUCGUUAGUGCUGGCUUUUACAAAGGUAAUAAACAAGCAAUCAAAGAGAAGGAUAUAGACAGUGAGGCUGGUGUGACCAGCACCAGCAAUGGAGGGGCCACAUGGAAAGAAAGCUCCCGGAGGAAGAAUUAAGGGCGAACCUAUUCUAUUCUAUAUCCCCUUCAAGUUUCAAGCUAGGGGCCGGGGCUUUUUAAGGCAACGGUGGAGAGCGUCAGUGGCAGCAGCUCGUGGUCCGUCCGGGGUUUGCUGCUCCGUUUUCUUCAGAGCAGCGUCCAUCCAUGGAGAGGACGAAGAAACCAUGCCUUGGUGUCGUCGCUCUGCUUCUCUUCCUGCUCCUGGCGUCGGCCGCCCAUGGAGCUCAGCCUGCAGAUGCCAAGGACAUAGCAGGUGACGGCGACGGCGAGAGGGCCACGGUGAGGACAGGGCACGGGCACGGCUACAGCAGCAGCCACAGCGGCGGGCACCCGAGCGGCGGCACGCCCGAGCAGGGCGGCGCAGGGGUCGUCGAUCCCCGUAACCUCAACGCCAGAAGCCACCACCGCCGUGGCGCGGCGACCAGGGCAAAUGUAUACUCUUCUUGGCUCGUCUGCACGCUUGUCGCAGGAGGUGUUAUGCUGCUGCUUUGAGGUACUAGCUGGGAGAUGACGUGUGAUGCAUGUACAAAUUUAGGGGGUGUUUGGUUGCUCCUGCUAAAGUUUAGCUCGGGUCACAUCAAGCGUUUGACUUUUAAAUAGGAGUAUGAAAUAUAGACCCAACCAACUGGACUAGAUUCGUCUCGUCUUUUAAUCUUCGGCUAACAAAUUAGUUUUAUAAUCCGACUACAUUGGCAACGUAUCGUGUGCUCAAACCGCUACCGUACUCAUAUGCGCAUAUUAAAUCUCGGCCAUCUAUCUCCCAUCCAACGACAGCCGGCAAUUUUGCAGAGAACUCCUCCCACCAUCCUUGGCUGGCGUGGAAAGUUUUACAUCUAGCUCCCUCCACCGUUUGGUUCAGGCGCAAAUGGGCCAGGAGCAGCUCGCCGCCACCGUCCAGAGUUGCAAAUGGAUGCCCCCAUAAAUAUUCAAGGAUCUGUGCCUUAUUACUGCUGAAAAUAGCAUUGUGCUCAUAUUUACAAAAUACCUGAACAUGCCUAAACAUCUUGAACAUAUAUAUGAAGGCAAUCGUGAUUCACAAUCCUGUGCAUAUAUCCUGAACAGGGGACAAUGCUGAACAGCCUGAAAAUCCUGAACAUCCUGAACAGUCUGAAUAAUGGUAAAAGAGCAGAUUCUGAAUAAUUGAACAUCCUCAACAUUAAAUCAAUAAUGGUAAAAGAGCAGAUUAUGAAUAAGCACCAGAACUGUAUUUUCAGAUUACAUUUUCAGUAUGCAGAGUUUCACAUUACAACCCAGAAAAUAUAAAUAAGCACCAGAACUAUCGCAUAAUCCACAAACUUAAAGAUUUCAUACAAACUUAAAUGGAAAACACAUGAAACCAUCAUCUAUUCUGCUAGUGGCUGCUGUCUCGAAAUUUUCAGCUUGCGAGGUUUGGGCAGUUCUUUUGUUUUUUUAAUUCUUUUACUCCGUCCUUUGGAUCGAACAUCAUUUGGUGGAUGUAUAUCUACUUGAGAUGGAAUUUGGCAUCCAAUGAAAUCCUCAUACUCUUGUUGUUUA